AAAUUUUAGUGAAAAUAGUGAAACUUUCGGAUAUAAAUUCAAAUGACUAGCAUAAUAAAUUUAUUAAAGUUUUCUAUCUAUGACUUCUCUAUUUAGCAAAUAUCCCUGGUACACUAAGAAAUAAAUUCUAUAGUAAGUGUAUAAAGUGUGAGUCUGCCGCCAUAGUUACUUUUGAAAUCGUCGUUGAUACCAAUUGGAAAAAUAUUAGCAAAGUUACAAGCGAAACUCUGCGAGCCGCGUUAACGACGAUUGUCAUUCGGUUGGAGCUUUUCAGAAAAACUGUGAAUCGAGUAAAUCGGUUUGUGUGGCUUUCAAAAGUUGUGAAAAGCAAUAAUAAGAAAAAACGCCACAGACAUUGAUAUCGGAUUAGAGAAUCUAAUAAGCAAAAAAGUGUAAAAGUGUGCGAAAAAUAUUUCGCCGAAUUGCUUAAAUUCCGGCUGUCAAAAAUAAAAUCGACUAGACGUUGAGUUUUGUCUUGCUUGCGCGCAUCGUUGACCAAGUGCGACCAUAAGUAGUUGUAGUUGCGCUAGUCAUACUACAGGUGUCCUCAUAAGGGACGGAUAUAUUUAGUAGCCGCACCGCUUAAUCGACUUAGUUGCAGACGAGUGCCGAAGUGAAUCGAGUCUGCUGGUUUUGGUCUUCGUAAUUAUUCGGUCUGAUUGGUCGUGGUAGUUCGUUGAGACAAAAAUUCAGUGCGAUUGCUGCGAGAAUUGAAUUCGUCGUACUCGUGGGCUUUAAACAGCAAAGAAGGAAAAUUUUCUUUUUUUUAAUAGAAAUUUAGUUUGUGCGCUACGCUCCACACACACAUUAAAAAUAAAAUUUCAACAAAAUGGCGUUAAAAAGAAUUAAUAAGGAACUACAAGAUCUGGGCAGAGAUCCACCUGCACAAUGUUCAGCUGGACCAGUCGGCGAUGAUUUAUUUCACUGGCAAGCUACAAUAAUGGGACCGCCUGACAGUCCGUACCAAGGUGGCGUGUUUUUCUUAACAAUUCAUUUUCCAACAGAUUAUCCUUUCAAACCGCCUAAAGUGGCUUUUACAACGCGUAUAUACCAUCCAAACAUUAACAGUAACGGAUCGAUUUGCCUCGACAUUUUAAGAUCUCAGUGGUCGCCAGCAUUAACUAUUUCAAAAGUUUUACUAUCGAUUUGCUCUCUUCUCUGUGAUCCAAAUCCAGACGAUCCGCUUGUACCAGAGAUUGCAAGAAUAUAUAAAACCGAUCGGGAAAAAUAUAAUGAAUUGGCACGAGAGUGGACUAGAAAGUAUGCUAUGUGAUGCGCUCCAGUUCGUACUAUCGAUCCGUCAACUAGUAACAACAGCAACAUUAGCAACAAGAAUGGCAACAGAAUGAAGGAUUGCUAUAGCAUCAUCAAGACCAACAACAACAAUAUAAUAAAAUCAACAAUAGCAACUACAAUGGCAUAGCGCUCCAAAGUAAGGGUUUAAAAUAAUAUAUAGCAGAAGCAACAACAACAGCAAAUGCAACCAAAACCACAAUGUGAAACAAUUCUUCUUCAGCAAAUAAAAAAUAUGAAAAAAUAUUAAAACAAUAAAAAAACACUGCAUUAAUUCAAGAGUAAGCAAGAAUUAUGCGUAUAAAACAAGAGAAAAGAAAAACGCCACAGAAAGCAAAAUAAAAAUCUGCGGGAAAAAAA